CUACCUUUACAAUCAACCUAGUAAACACGCAUGGACGCAACAUUAGAGCGCGGAACUACUAUACUGACUGGCUGACGCUUUAAAUUUGUAAUCCCUCUUUGUGUAGACUCUUACAUUUGAACUGAAUACAUUCUUCGUUACACACAGGCGCUUCAUGAACUGUUGGUAAUCUGCUGAUGUCAAUCUGGUCUGUAGUACAUGUUUGCCACGUUGUCAGGGCACGCGAGAAAGUGGGCGUGUCGUUUCCUGGAAGUUACAAAUGCGGCCAAUAGACUGACUCAGUCUCCACAAACCUAUAAUCUGAUAACCGGGCCAAAUACUUCAUUUUGUCUUACAUUUCUUAAACGAUUCGUUGUCAUGUCUAAACGUAAUUUCAAGGGUCAUUCUGCCCAAUCUAGUGGCCAGACUCGACUGAAAGUACUUCUAGAUCUGGACCAAGUUCUUGCUGACUUCGAGGGCCAUUUUCUUCGUCGAUACAAGGAGAGAUUCCCCGAUCUGCCCUUCAUUGAAGAGAACGACCGAAACACGUUCUACCUGAGAGACCAAUAUGCCAAACUAGGGUCCGAUCUGCCAGACAGAGUGAGGGACGUGUACAUGGAGGAGAAGUUCUUCCUGAACCUCCCAGAGAUAGAGGGGGCCGUGGCGGCGGCCAAGGAAAUGGCAGAAAUGGAGGAUGUCGACGUGUUUAUAUGUACAAGUCCCCUGACGUCCUACAGAUAUUGUCUGAGUGAGAAGUUCCAGUGGGUGGAGGAGCACCUGGGGGCGGCCUGGGUGGACCGGACAAUCAUUGCCAAGGACAAGACCAUGAUGUACGGCCAUAUACUCUUCGAUGACCGCCCUUACAUCAAAGGAGCAUGCAAGAAGCCAUCCUGGGAGCAUAUCGUGUUCACAUCACACCACAACGUCAAGACAGAUCUCCGAGGCAAGCGGCGGCUAGACAACUGGACAGAUGGACAGUGGAAAGAUAUCAUUGAGGACUUUAAAAAGAGAAUUUAAACAUUUUCAUAAUUAAUUAAUCUCUCUUGGUGAAUGGAUUCCUUGUAUGUUUGUGUGUAUGUAUUUUGUUCAUCUAUUGAAUAUACAUUUUUUGAUGAUCUCUUUCCAUCUGCUG